UUUAGCUGUAUAUUUAAAUACAAUUAGGUGAACAGUAUUAUUUCUUAAAACAAUCCAUAUGGGGGAAUUUAACAUAUUUGAAAUAACUUUCUCUAACCCUCUGGGGGUGUUCUAUGGUGGCCAACUACUACAAGGUCAUGUUACAAUGGAAUUAAAUAAUGAAAUGAAAUUGGGAGGAUUACGGCUGCAUUUUGAAGGCGAUGCGCGUGUUUAUUGGACAGAACAAUACACUACAGGAGGUAAACAUCCACAUACACACACCACACCAUAUUCAUCAAAUGAAAUAUAUUUCAGUCAUAUAGUGGUAUUAUUUGGCAAAGGUCCGGGACAGACGGGAGAAGAUACAGUUUUACAAGCAGGGAGAUAUGUAUAUCCAUUUAAUUUCCAGUUACCCACAGGAAUACCAUCAUCUUAUGAAAGUGAAAUUGGGCAGGUUCGAUACUCGGUGACUGGUGUAAUCGAUCUUCCCCAGCAGUUUGAUUUUACAACGAGACAACCUAUUACAGUUAUCGAGCCUCUAGAUCUUAAUCUGGAUCCACAGUCUACGAAAUGUGGUACUGGAAAUGACCAAAGAAUAUUACGGUCUCUGAGUUGUAAGUCGGGACCAAUUAGUGCUGUGUUGAGACUCGACAGAUUAGGAUAUGUACCUGGUGAAUUCAUUCCCAUCUUUGGUGAAAUAAAUAAUGGAAGUCGACGAAAAAUUAAGAGUGUGUCAACUGACCUCAGGAUGACCAUACAGUAUCACGCCACAACCAAGACAAAAAUGGUUUGCUAUGCGAUCUCUAAAAUCAGCCAUGGCCCCAUUCUACCCGGUGAUGAUGAUAUUUGGAACGGAGAUCUACUGCCUAUACCACCGUUACCUCCGUCUGGUUUAGGAGGAUGUCGUAUUAUAGAUGUAACUUAUACAGUAACGUUAACUGUCGUUCCGUCUGGAAUAGCGCCACACCUGGUGGUGCCAAUUAAUAUUUUAAUAGGAUCGAUACCUCUCCAGUCAGUAGCAAGACAGUAUGAUCCACCACCACCUCGCCGCCUUUCUCCAACGGAUACUGCGAACACAGGAUCUAGUGAUAUAUCAGUUCAACCUACCAUGUCAUCAGCGCCUUCGAAUAUGGAUAUACCUCAACCCUCCGAUGCUAAAUGUGAUUCGGGUAAAGUUAAUAUCCAUAAAGAGAAUCAUAAUAAACAUAUACGUGGAAAUAUGGACUGUGGUCAUGAUAUUACCUAUAAUAACUGGAAUCAACCCAACGAUACUAUAAUUGUGCCUGUAGUGGAAUAAAAAGUGAAUUUACUU